UUUUUCGGAGUAUUUUGCGCACAAUGCGCUCGAGAUUUCUUUCGCUUUUCAUUUCCGGGAAGGGUUGAAUCCGAAAACAGUACAGUUGUGCUUCUCAGCAAACAGGUUUUGAGUUUUGUGUUAGAGCUCGCCUGAUCAGUCAAGCUCACCUUUUUGAAAUCGGAGGCACACGCAAAUGAACAUGUCAGUCCAGGGGAUGUCCACGUCAGUGUUGGUGAAGGAAGACAAUCAAAAAAGAAGUCCCUCCUCUUCAAUUCAUGGAACGCAAAACAGUAUUCCGCCAAGUGGGCAUUUCAACCUAAAAGACAAGCUUCUGCAAGUUGGUCUUCCCAUACAGGAUGAUCUGUGGCAUCUUCCCGGACAGCUACGAAUAAAUCCAUCUCUGUGGGAUAGGGCUGAUGUCUCCCUCUGGCUUCACUGGGCCCACAAAGAGUAUUCACUACGGCGGCCUGAGAAGGGAUGCUUUGAGAUGAAUGGCCGAGCCCUGUGCCUUCUCACUAAGGAGGACUUCAGGUAUCGCUGCCCAAGCUCAGGUGAUGUUCUGUAUGAGAUCCUCCAGUGUGUGAUAAAGCAAAAGAAGAGUGUUGGACAUGAACCCUCAACCACGUGUGAUAUCCAAAGCACAGAGAGGCCCCAGAUCCCUGAACCAAAAACUGAACCCUCACUGCAUCCCUCCUCAAAUAACACACAAGACAAAACAGAAAGACUCAUACAGCAACCCCUGAAUUUGUCUUGCCAAGUGACGUCUGAUAGACAAACAAACAAACCCGGUGGUCGCUUACCAGAGUGUAGGCUUCUUUGGGAUUAUGUCUACAAAAUGCUGUGUGAUGACCAAUAUCAAGAAUACAUCCGAUGGGAGGACCGCAGCAGUCUAGUUUUCAGAAUAGUUGAUCCCGACGGCUUGGCACAUCUCUGGGGACAUCACAAGAACCGGGAUAAUAUGACUUAUGAAAAAAUGUCUCGUGCUUUGAGGCAUUAUUAUAAACUCAACAUCAUCAAAAAGGAGCCCGGACAAAAAUUGCUCUUCAGAUUUCUGAAAACACCACAAGACAUCAGGAAAGAGCUGGAGGACAACGCAUCUCCAGCUCACUCACCCCUUCAGGACUCGAACUUUCCAGAUGGCAGUCCUUUUUCUGAAUUCAGCGAAGAACGUUUUCAGGUUUCCCCUGAUCGUACCUCUCCAGAGUGCUCACCAACUUGUCCUGUGAGAUGAAAAAAAAGAUGUUACAACACAAGGCAUUUUCAGUCUAAUUGAUCUUAUCUAAUGGUUUCAAGUGGAUUAUUUGUAUUACUUCUUAAUUCAUCACUAAUAAACAGAGGUGGGUAGACUACCCAAAGGUUUUACUCAAGUAAGAGCAGUGUUACCUCUAAAUUAUAUUACUUAAGUAUAAGUAGUCAUCCUAAAACGUACUGUAGUACAGGUAAAAAAGUAUUUAUUGAAAAGAAUACUCGAGUAAGGAGUAACAUUGUGAGUAAUUGCUUACAAUGUAUGAUUUUGUUUUUUAAAUAAUGGUAUACUUUUUCCCUUUUUUCUCUGAUUGGUUAGCAACCAAUUCAGAGUGUACCCCCCUAUUGUCCAUAGUUAGUUGAGAUUUGCUCCAGCUCCCCCUGACCUUCGUGAGGAUAAGCGGCUCACGAAACGAAUGAUGAAUAAAUAUUUUUGUGUAUGAACUGUUAUUAUUAUACUGUACUAUAAUCUAUUACAUGACCAUAUUAGGCCAAAAAGAUGACACAAAAAUCAUCAAAUUCACACUAACACUUGAAACAUCACAGGUCCAAAGAGAAUAAACGCCCUCUGGUGGAGAAAAGCAUUGUUUCCUCUGAUUGGUGUAAUGGAGUCAUGCGGUUAUUGUUGCGACGUCUCAUUGGUCAAACUAAGACAGCCACUGUCGGAAUCUCUGACAAAAAUAAAAUCAAUGUGUAGAAUGAAGAGGAAAAAUGUAACGACUAGUGUAACCCGAAGUAGCUGAGUGAGAGCAGUGUUUCUGCUUCACAAAUCUACUUAAGUAAAAAUAAAAUGUAUUACGUGGUAAAGCUACUCUAAGAAGUAGAUUUUUUUUUCAAAGAGUUACUCAAGAAAAUGUACCGGAGUAAAUGAAAUGUGUUACUACCCACCUCUGUUGAUAAAUUAACAACAAUUAACACUAAUAAAAACAUUACUGAAGAGUUGUAUUCAAAUGUUUUUACGGGUAUGAAAAAAGAAAACUGCAAAAUAUCCCAAAUUUAGAUCAUUAUGAGUUUGCGCCAGUUGAAUGAAUGAUUUAGACAAUGUUUUGGUCAUUUUUAGCUUGCUUUUUGGAAAGAGAGAGGGAUGUGCUCUAUAUAGGAGUGAACAACAGCAACUUUGGUGCUGACCACUAUACCCAAUUCCACAAAACAUGCUGCGUUGACUUCUGUAAUGCAAAAUUACAUUAAUGUUGUGUUUUGUGAUGAAACGUACAGGCAGAGCCUACAAAAAUUAUAAUUCAUAUGAGAAACAAAUAUUGUGAGAUUCAUUUUGAACAGAAUAAGGAUUUUGCACAGAUAUGUCAUGGUGACCAACAGUACACAUUUCAAUAGCUCAAUGCAGUUCUUGUUUUAAUAAAUAUUCAAAUCUGUGCAGGACCAAAAGUGUGUGCAUUUUAUUUCUUGCUUCUUUUACCAUGAUGGUGAAAUAAUUCUAUUAUUAAUCAUUAAACCCUACUGCAACUAGAACACAAAAAUAGGCUCAUUUACAGUUUCUGUUGUAUAAUCACUUUUCCAAAGGGAC